CUGCGCGUUCAUGAUUAUGAAGUCGACGUGCACAGCUUGUAACCUGCACUCUAAAGCGAGCUAAGCUUCCUCCAAUAAGAUGUUUACGGGUUAUCCACGGUGGAGCACCCGAAUAAUCAGACGAAGCACGGCAGAAUGGUGUAGCUCUUAACUGACAUGGGUGAAGACACCUGUGUGUUUCUCGGCAACGCUCAUAGCUAAAGCAGAGGUUGGCAGGAUGGGUGAGCGAGGCGUCAGUGGUCCCGUGGCUGCGAUCUCUCCAGUGCAGCAGAUGCUGGCCUCUGGCACUGGAGCCCUCGUCACAUCUCUGUUUGUCACGCCACUAGACGUUGUGAAGAUCAGGCUGCAGGCUCAGCAGACACCGUUCCACCAAGCUUCAGCGUCUUUUUCUGCUCCGUGGGAUGGUGUCUCACGUCAUUCCAAGUGGAAGUGUUUCCUGUAUUGUAAUGGGCUGAUGGAUCACAUCUAUGUUUGUCAGAAUGGAACCAGUUGCACCAGCUGGUACAAAAAGCCGACUCAGUUCAGCGGGACUCUUGAUGCAUUUGUGAAAAUCACUCGCCAUGAAGGUCUUCGGUCUCUGUGGAGCGGGCUACCACCAACUUUGGUGAUGGCAGUACCUGCCACUGUCAUUUACUUCACCUGCUACGACCAGUUGCGGGACUUCCUGAGAUUCGGUGUGGGUCUUCAGGGCAGUCAUGUCCCUCUUGUUGCUGGGGGUCUUGCCAGAUUGGGAGCCGUGACAGUGAUUAGCCCACUGGAACUGGUCAGGACCAAGAUGCAGUCCCGUCAGCUGUCCUACAGCGAGCUGCGGACAUGUAUCCGCUCUGCUGUGGCCCAGAAUGGACUUCUGUCCCUGUGGAGGGGCUGGGGACCCACCGUUCUCAGAGAUGUACCCUUUUCAGCUUUGUACUGGUUUAACUAUGAAAUGGUGAAGGCCCGGCUUUGUGAACAGUCUGAAGUUCCUCAGGCCAACUUCUCUAUCAGCUUUACUGCAGGAGCUGUUUCUGGAGCAAUCGCUGCAAUCCUGACGCUGCCCUUCGAUGUUGUGAAGACUCGCAGACAGAUCCAGCUGGGAGAGAUGGACACUUUGGGAGUUUCUGUGAAGAGAACGUCAUCCACCUGGCACAUCAUGAAGGAAAUACGGGCCGAGUUGGGCUACAGGGGCCUUUUUGCAGGUUUCAUGCCCAGGGUGAUCAAAGUGGCCCCAGCCUGCGCUGUUAUGAUAAGCAGCUAUGAGUUUGGAAAGGCCUUCUUCCAAAAGAUGAACCUUGAUCAAGAGCGGCUGGCAUUGUGAGGGCUGUCACUGUGCCGCUGGUUGUUUGUCACAGCAAAACAUGCCGAGAAUAAUUCGGGACAGGUCUGAAGAUUUAGCCCAUUUGUGGAGAUCUCUUUUUUUGCAGAUCCACCCACCUCACCACUUACCCCGCAUCCCUGGACACAAUAAGGAGCCUGAAUCCCAGGCAGAGAUUUUCUGGGACCACAAACUUUGUGUGCUUAAUGGAGUAAAGUUUAAAGAUAGAAACUUUGUUUAGUGGUUAUGUAAAGGAACAUGUACCAAAUCAUUGUAGUCUUAUUGUGCUCUCAUUUUUCCAAUGAAACUGAGGCAAUGGGGAGUAAAUCUCAGUGAAGACCCUGAACCUGCUCACCUGCUGUUCAGGACAGUGGGGGAGGGAAACCACCUUAAAGACUGCGUCCUUAUCGGGUGAAAGGAAAAUGUUCCUUUUCCUGCACUUUGGAUUGUGUGACAGACUGCAUGGUGUGUCCAGGCCUGUUCAUUGCAGAGUUCCUGUCAAUGUAAAGCAUGACAAUUUUGACAUUUAUCUGCUGUGUAGAUGAGUAAAUGAUAUGGUUCGUAUGCUGGAUAGAUUCGGAGCACUCUUACGUUUGCAAAACAAGUGCUGUGAAAUGAAAUCAUAAAAAGCAACUUAAGCUUC